GAGAGGUGUGAGCCCGCUGUCAUGGCGGCGGAGGAGCCGGAGGUGGACGUCGAGGGGGAUCUCGCGGCCGCGCCCGGGGAGGUGGCCUCAGAAGGUCAUGAAAACACAGCAUCAAGCUUGCUGCAGGAUCACUACCUUGAUUCAUCUUGGAGAACUGAUAACAGUCUUCCGUGGACAUUGGACAGCAGCAUUAGUGAAGAAAACAGGGCUGUCAUUGAGAAAAUGUUGCUGGAGGAAGAAUAUUAUCUAUCAAAUAAAUCACUUUCUGAGAAAAUAUGGCUCAGUCAAAAGGAAGCAGAAAAAAGAUCUGUGAAAAGCCCACAUAAGAAAACUGGAAAAGUCAUGGUGCGAUCUCCUACAAAACCAGGUAGCUACUCGUUGAAGUGGACAUCAGAAGAAAAGGAACUGUUUGAACAAGGGCUGGUGAAGUUUGGCCGCCGCUGGACAAAAAUUGCCAAGCUGAUUGGGAGUCGUACUGUUCUACAAGUAAAGAGCUAUGCCAGGCAGUACUUUAAGAACAAGGCAAAAAAUGAUGGUUCUGAAAGAGAAGAGCAAAGUCAGCAUGGUGGCACUCUUCCCACUGAAGAUGGGGUAAGGGUAGAAGCAUGGUCAGCUGGAAACUUGAGAGGCCGUGCAGACCCUAACCUGAACGCAGUGAAAAUUGAAAAGCUGUCAGAUGAUGAAGAAGUAGAUAUAACCGAUGACAUGGAUGAACUGUUUUCUCCUGCUUUCCAGCAAGGUGUUGGAAAAUCCGAGUUAUCUAUAACUUCAGUAAGUCCAGCUGAAGAAACAAAAGGAACGGAGCAUCCUUUUCCACAUGUUGGACAUAGGUCUGCUGUUUCUUUGCUGAAAGAAGACCCUCAGAAUACCAAGCAACCCACAGUGGACGCAUUACUGUUUCAGGAUGGUGCAGCAACGUGUUCUCAGCACGUGAACGGUGAUAAAUCUGUGAACUUGGAAUAUCAGCAGUGCAAUGAUUUUAUAGAAAAAGCUGAACAGGGUAGAACAGGAAUGUCUCAUGGUGCUAGGCAGAUAACUGACCAGGAGCUUAAUGAGGAACAGAGAGACCUGGCUGAUAACGGACUGCUUUUUCAUCCCCCCUGCCAAGUGGAUGAAGAUCAUCAAGAAGAAGCAGAGGCUCUUAAGCCACCUGAUCAAGAAGUGGAAAUUGAUAGAAGCAUCAUUCUGGAAGAAGAGAAGCAAGCUAUUCCUGAAUUCUUUGAAGGACGGCAGGCCAAAACACCAGAGCGUUACUUGAAAAUUAGGAAUUAUAUUUUGGAUCAGUGGGAAAGGUGUAAACCCAAAUACCUGAAUAAGACCUCAGUACGUCCGGGCCUUAAGAACUGCGGUGAUGUUAACUGUAUUGGACGGAUCCACACGUACUUGGAAUUAAUAGGAGCAAUUAACUUCGGCUGUGAACAGGCUGUCUAUAACAGACCACAGCCAGCUGAUAAAACACGGUCUAAGGAAGGCAAAGACACAGUGGAAGCCUACCAGCUUGCACAGCGUUUGCAGUCCAUGCGUACAAGAAGACGGCGAGUCCGAGACCCUUGGGGAAACUGGUGUGAUGCUAAGGAUUUGGAAGGGCAGACAUUUGAGCAUCUGUCUGCUGAAGAAUUAGCAAGAAGAAGAGAAGAAGAAAAACUGAAGCCUUCAAAAUCUUCUAAAGGUUCAAGACAAAUAAAAAGUUCCUUUGAUCCCUUUCAGCUGAUACCAUGCUGUUUAUUCACUGAAGAAAAACAGGAACCUUUUCAGGUGAAAGUGUCUUCAGAAGCACUUUUAAUAAUGGAUUUGCACUCACAUGUGUCUAUGGCAGAAGUAAUAGGGUUGCUAGGUGGAAGAUACUCUGAAGCUGAUAAAGUUGUAGAAGUUUGUGCAGCAGAGCCGUGCAAUAGCCUCAGUACAGGACUGCAGUGCGAGAUGGAUCCUGUAUCUCAAACACAGGCCUCAGAAACACUUGCUGCCAGAGGAUACAGUGUUAUUGGGUGGUACCACUCCCACCCGGCGUUUGACCCCAACCCCUCCAUACGGGAUAUUGACACUCAAGCUAAAUAUCAGAGUUAUUUCUCCAGGGGUGGUGCCAUGUUCAUUGGAAUGAUUGUAAGUCCUUACAACCGAAAUAAUCCUCUGCCGUACUCUCAGAUUACUUGUCUGGUGAUCAGUGAUGAGAUCAGUUCUGAUGGUUCCUACCGCCUGCCCUACAAAUUUGAAAUACAGCAAAUGUUGGAGGAACCUCAGUGGGAAUUAAUAUUUGAAAAAACAAGAUGGAUAAUUGAAAAAUACAGAUUCUGUCACAGCAGUGUCCCCAUGGAUAAAAUUUUUCAUAGAGAUUCCGACCUGACUUGUUUGCAGAAACUGCUGGAGUGCAUGAGGAAAACUCUGGGCAAGGUAUCGAACUGCUUCAUUGCUGAAGAGUUCUUGACUCAAAUAGAAAACUUAUUCAUCUCCAUGUACAAGAGCGAAAAGAAGAGUAAUGCUGAAGAAAAUAAGAAUGAACUUUCAAGUGAAUUAGAAUCAUAGAAUCAUAGAAUCACCAAGGUUGGAAAAGACCUACCAGAUCAUCCAGUCCACCUGUCGCCAAUAAUUCUCACUAAACCAUGUCCCUCAGCACAGUGUCCCACCCCCAGGGUUGGUGACUCCACCGCCUCCCUGGGCCCAUUGCAGUGCCUGACCACUCUUUUGGAAAAGCAGUAUUUCCUGACAACAAGCCUGAAUCUCCCUUGGCACAACUUAAGGCCAUUGUCAAUGUGAUGGCUUAAACAAAACAAGUCUGGAUAUAUAUAUGUAUUUUUAAUGCUUAUUUCACCCUCUGGUUUCUUUUCCUCCUGGCAAUAUGUCAAGACUUUUGAAAUUGUUACCCAUUUUAAUAGUAACAGUUGAAGUAUGUGGUCUCUGUAUUCUUACGGUUCAAAGAUACUUUGAAAAACUCCUGGUGUGUGUGAUCAGGCUACGUGAGGAGCAUUUAGUAUUAACAUUUAGAGAAACCAUGUAUCACAGGGUUGAAUUCUACCCCAGUCUGUGGUUUGGGAGAAGGACAAGCUGCCCACAGUACUGUGCUUCAGUCUUCACGGAGAGUUCUCCCUCUCAGAUCUUUCAGGUUGGGAAUUUUGUUUUCAUAUUGUUUUUUAAUUAACAGGUAUAAAUAUCUGACACUCAAUGGAUUUGUUCCUUAAUGCUUUAGAGAGUCUAAGUUCAAAUGAAUUCACAGAAGGGGAACUUACCACUUCAUUGAAAUGAACGAUGUGGAGCUCAGAGUAGCUUUUUGGCAUAUUCUUUGCCAUCUUGCUUUUAUUUUGCAUGAGGAAGGCUGGUAAGUUGUUGUCUUCUGAUUACUAGUUGUGCUUGUUUCCAGUGGAAAUGUUAACUCCUGUUUAUUACAGGUUACAGUCUUUCUGAUCUUCUGUUCUACAGGAAGAUAAUGUAUUUUUCUGUCGGAUCAUUGUGAUUUGCCCACUUGUAAUUGCCAGUGUUUCCUGUGGAAAUGAGCUCUUCAUUGUUGGCAAGCAUACAGCAACAAACAGAAAAGUGUGUCUUUUUUUGGGUUGGGGGGACACAAAGAAAAAUGUGCUUUAAAUUUUGCCCUCUAAGUCAAGAGGAGAUCUGACUUGUAUUGACUUGUAUAUACACAUCUAUCUCGGACAAAGUUUCUUAGAUCUGUCUAAAAUAUAUUUGAAAACAUGAAGCAAGCCAGAACUUGACUUUAUACUUAUAGGGAUAAUGAUGGAUUUGAUUGUUAUUUGAAAAAUACAUAUGUAUGUGUAUCUACUUCUACAUCUAUAAAUAAGACUUAAGAUUUUAUGUUUAAAUCUUCUGCUUUUCAUUUGAAAAGCUUUAAAAUUGUAUCGUUGUAUCCUAAUGAGAGAACUCCUUUGCAGAGUUUAGAAUUACCUUUUUUAUCAUGUCUCAUAAUGUCAGUCUCUGUUUCUAAGUGGAAGGUGCAGAAUAUGAUUGUGUGGAAGUUUGAGCAGUUGAUAUUUGAUGGUUCUCUCGGUGCACAUUCAAGGAUUAUAGUCUUAAAAAUGUUGGUGAUUGUUAUUUCUCUUCUCUAUCAUAUGUGCUUGUGCACAGUGUUAGAUCACGCUGCUGGGUAUAAUUUACAAACUUGGUGCAUCCAUCUCUUUAAGGCAUGCUAAUCCUGCAUAUAUUCUAAAUCGUCAUCUUUGGGAAUUCCUCAUUAAAAAUACUGCAUGGCUUUCUGUAUUUCUACUUUAGACAACACUCUUGGAGACAAAGCAUUCUGUCCUGAGUUAGUUCUGGGAUGUUCUGCAGCGUGAGGAGUUCUGCUGCAGUUUUGCAUAGGAUACUCUAGAAAAAUCAUAUGCUAUAUAUAUUGUAUGUACUAAAAGCUGUAGUUCUCCCUCUAUAAACUAGAACAAAAUUUCAACCUCAUAUGUAACAGCAAUAUGAAGUAGAUACCAUUCUAUGUCCGUAUUCAUGGAUGUCAAUGUUACCAAAGUAGUGGUAAGAAUAUGCUGGCUGCUUUUCUGCCUAAGAAUUAAAGCGAGUUAAAGUAAUACAGUUGUAUUAAUUGGUUUUAAGUCACAUUAAGUCAGAAGAGUUUUGAGUCGAACGCACUUCUGAAGCAGUUCAGAUCUCCAGAGAAUACUGUGCAGAACUGAGCUUUUGAUAUGCAUGCACACAAAGGCACCAGGUUUCCCAAGGGUGAUUCUUGUACCGAAGGUUAUCCAUUGGCAAUGUUUCAAAGUGUAGGAAGGGUGAGGGGGAGCACAAUAAACUGGUAGUACCACCAUAAUCCCAUGUGACCACACCAUAUGGUAUGUGGAUUGGAAAUAGUAUAUCUAUCAUGCCAAGUAGUAAUUCUGUGGGCAGGAGCCGUGGUAAGAAAUACUCCGCUUUUCAUCAUUUAUUUUUGACUUUGUGUCUAAUGAUGAGUUUGGAAGCUGUGUGCUUCUGAGAAGAUGUAUGUUACUAACACUGCCAGUUCUGCCACCAAACACAUACAAGGCAUUAAAUGUGUUUAUUGAGAAGCUCGGUGUUUUUUCAUUGCCUGUUUUUCUUAUGUUAGCUUUGUUUUAGGACAAAUACUGCAGGCUAAUAUAUUUGUUCUUUAUGUAAGACCACCUGUUACGUCUAGCCAAGCAUUUCCUCAAGAGAGGGGAAAUGUUUGAGCAGCAAUUGGAACAAUGGAAUUUAAACUGGGAGAGUCACCACUGCAUCGUAAGAUGCAGCUUUUGGCUGUUUGUUGUCUGAGUGCAGUUUUGCUGUCCCAAGUACAAGCCCCAGCAGUACUUCUUCACAGCUAUUUCUACCUUGUGUUCAUGGGGAGGAUGGGGGGCUUGUCUGUAUUUCUUUGAAUAUUUUUUUCCCCUUUUGCUCACUUCUUCAAUAUUCCUGACUGAUGGUAUCUGAGAAUCUAUUAAUAAAGCCUGAAUAUUCUGUACUUCA